UUUCGUGAUUAUUCACUUCUAAGUCUAACCCUCGUUUCUUUCUAAUUUUCAGUGUUUCUCUGUCGUCAGAAAGAGAGAUGAGUUUGUUGGGAGAAGAUGGGUUAGGUUACGAAUUGGCGAAAAAACUAGAAGUUUGUGGAGUAUGGAGAUCAUGGUUUGGAGAAUCAAAUUACAAAAUCUUACUAAAUUUUUUAUCUUCGUUAUCGACAUGGGAAUUAUUUAUGAAAACCGAUGAUACUAAAACUAGGGCACAAAUUCAACUUCAACUUAGAGCUAGAGCUUUACUUUUUGAUAAAGCAAGUGUUUCUCUUUUCCUUCGUUCUCAUCCAUCUUCUCCCAUUGCUGUUCCUUCCAAGCUCAAUCCCACCUAUUUGCAGUUACAUGGUGAUGAUGUUUAUUUUUCAUUGGAGGAUUUUUAUAAUAAUUCUCAAGAUGGGUCAAUUCAAUCCAAGAUUCAACCUAAACUAUCGUCUGCCGACAAUAGUAUAUCUCAGAGACCGAGGCAUGAUGAACUGCCUGAGACAUGGUAUAAUCAGUUCUUUGAGAAGUAUAGAGCAAGCAGACAGCACAGGUUACCAUUUGGAGAUCGAGAAUCUCACAAGCGAACACCUGAGGGUAUGUCUACAUACAUUAAAUUCCUUGACAGGCAUAAGAGAAUCAGAAAAGCGUUUAAAGAGGACCAGUGUGUAGGUUUUGGUAAUCCCAUGCAAGAGAAUGGCCUAAACUUGCAUCAGCAGUCUGUUUCUGAUGGGAACAUUUCAGUUGAUAAUGAGACUUCUUUUUUUCCUGAAAUGAUGUUUCCAUCAAACUGUGUGCCUGAGAGUGCACUCCCUCCAGCAAACACCCAAGAGGACAAUCAGAAAGUGGAGUGUUAUGGUGUUCUUGAUAGCUUACCCCAUGUUAUGACUCGCAGUCCUGCAAUGCUUGAACGGUUUGGUAUGAGGCCUGAUAACCUCCGGACAGGUCUUGGAAGAAGUAAAUAUAGGGGUAAAAACGGGUUUGAAGGGAAUGGAAAGUCUCUUGGCCAGGAUCAAGCAUUCCAGAUGUCUCAGAAAGUAAUUGCCCACGUCCUUUCUAAUGUGGGUUUUGAAGGGUCAACAGAAGUUCCGAUAGAAGUUCUCUCACAGUUUCUCAGCUGUCAUAUAAGUAAACUAGGUCGUAUUUUAAAGAUCUUAACAGAUAAUUACAGAAAGCAGUGUUCAGCCUUAGAGAUAUUGAAGAUGUUCCUUCAAACCUUGGGUUACAGUAAUCUUGGGGCUUUAGCGGAACAUGUGAAAGAUGGUACUAGGACCUUACGACACCCUGCAAUACAGCAGCGGGGAUCCCAGCAAGGUUUUCUGUCACAACAGCAAAGUGGUUUGCUACAACAGCAGCAAAUACAAAGGCAGAUGCAUCCUCAGAUGCAGAUAAAUUCCCAGAAUCUAUCUUAUCAGCAGCAGCAGCAGCAGCAGCAGCUGCAACAACAGCAACAGCUUCAACAGCAACAGCUACAACAGCAACAGCUACAACAGCAGCAGCUUCAACAACAGCAGCUUCAACAACAACAACACUGGGAUAGAAUGCGAAAGCGCCAACCUUCCAAUCCUCGUGCUGGUAUGAAUUUGGACAGAGAAAGACCAUUGGUGGAAGUGAAGAUUGAGAGCAUGUCGGAAUCACCCAUGGAUGUUGGUAACUUCCCCACCACCAAUCCUAGAAUUACCCAAACACAGUUCAGACAGCAGAAGAUAGCCGCUGCAAUGGGAAUUCUCCCUGCCCAAUCAGGUCAUCAGUUUAAGUCACUGGUGUCCCUUCAGAGUCCUCAGCUCCCGACACAGAACGUGGUCACGAGGGCGCCGCCUGUUAAGGUCGAGGGCUUUCAGGAUUUGUUUGGUGGGGAUGCAACAAUGAAGCAGGAUUCCGAAGAACAUAAGCUUACUUCGCCCUCCAAAUAGAUAGCUAUACCAAUGUGACUGUUGCUUUAAACUUUCUUCAUCAUAAAUUUAAUAAGAUGGUUGAAUUGUUUACUCGAUAUCUUCUGUGCAGUAUCAAAUCAUUUAUCAGUUGAGUUAUAUUUAUCAAAGUAGUAAUGUAUCC